GUGCCCAGUGUCUGGAGCUGGAGGGCACUGAUCAUUUCCCGACUCUGGAGAUUGAGUCAGAGUCAGACUGGGUCCUGCCCUGGCUUAUUACUGGCUGAGAGAAUCGCCCAUCCCAGCCGCAUGAUUCCAUCUGGGCUAAAUAUUUAUACAGAGAGGAAACGACAUCACUUAUCCACAACACAUCCAUUCACAGGAGGGGAAAGCUGCGUGCUCAGUGGAGUUCAAGUCAUCUGCUUUCUGUGACAAAGGGACAUCACUCUUUUUUUUUCUUUGUCGUCUUCUUUUUCUGUUUUUUUGGCAAAAAUUUGCUUGAAAACUCUUUUGGAAAGAAGUUCCAGACAACUAAGAUUAGACAAUGACCUUUCUGAUUUCUGUUUUGGGGAUGAUCGUGAUUCUCUGUCAAAUCGGCAGGAACCCAGCKAUUGCUGGAAUCUGUUGGCUGCAGCAGGGUCAGGACCACCGGUGUGCCAUGGUGCUGAUGAGAGGGGUGACCAGAGAGGAGUGCUGUGAUGGGAGCCGCCUGGACACGGCAUGGUCCAACUCCAGUCUGCCCAUGAAUGAAAUCAGCCUGCUGGGAUUCCUGGGGAUUGUCUCCUGUAAACCAUGCAAAGACUCGUGUGACGGAGUCAAAUGCAGCGCCGACAAGAUCUGCAAGAUGAAGAUGGGAAGGCCACAGUGUGUGUGCGCUCCGGACUGCUCGCACAUUUCCAAGAAGCARGCCGUGUGCGGCAGCGAUGGCAGGUCUUACAAGGACCAGUGCGCCCUGCUGAUGGCCCGCUGUGUGGGACAUCCAGACUUGGAAGUCAUGUACCAGGGAGAAUGCAAAAAGUCGUGCUCAAAUGUGGUGUGCCCGGGAACUCACACCUGCGUGACGGAUCAGACCAACAGUGCUCACUGUGUCAUGUGCCGGACUACACCCUGCCCAGCGCCCAUACCGUCCGAGCAGCUGAUCUGUGGAAAUGACAACAUCACCUACCAGAGUGCCUGCCACCUGCGCAGGGCCACCUGCUUCCUCGGACGCUCCAUAGGCGUCCGUCACUACGGCCACUGCAACUAUCCACCUCGGAAAUCUCACAAAUUCCAAGGCAGUGAGGAAAACGCUGUGUAAGAAAGACUCCGUCCUUCCAGGCAGAAGCUGUGUCUCGAUUCAGGGGUAACAGCCCGCGUAGGGUUUGGCCUGCGUGGGCCGUAGGCCGUCCGUGUAGGCUGCAUAAAACAGCUGUGAAAGGAGACGGUCCAGUCUUCGGAAGAUGUGUGUUUGCGUGACCAUCCGCUACCCUGUUACCAUGGUGCRACMUUUUAUARAUGCCUYCAGUUAGAACAUGUUUCACARGACUUUUCACUGGAGGUAUAACUUCCUACAAUUCAGUYUUAUUAAAAAUGUUAUAAAUAAAAACCAUUAAUAAUUUGAGUUUAACUAAUCAGCUAAUUUGCUAACAUAGAUUCUAAUUCUUCACUCCGCAACAAAUUUCCAAACUCCGCCUUAAAAGAAAACUACUCAAUCUUUGUUUUUCUCUUUAGUUUGAUGACGGUGAUAUGAAUCCUAGGAUGUUGUCAGCUGUGUAGGAUAUUUAGAAGCAGCUUACAUUUUUGGGGUUUCAUGCGUCAACCCCUUUGGUCAUUUACCUGUACACUGACCUACAAAAAUCAAUAUUUUCCACAAAAAGUAUUCUCGCAUGGCAUAGAAAAAAAUCAGUGAGAUUUCUUUAUCCGUUGGUAUACAUGCAAAAUGGGGGGAAAUGCAUGUUAUUUACAGUCAAUCUGUCCACCUUGACGUUUAUAGGGUUUUGUCGGCCACAUGAGUAGGCGCCUACGGAUUGGGACAGCCUGCGGCGCGACGCGGUGACAUAAACGGCCAACAAAUGCGCCCUUCGUGGGCUGCUGCCCCUGAGUUGAGACACGGCCAGAGUCCUCCAGCAACAUCUGAGCUGAACAACCACCUUUUCACACAUCCCAUAUCUCAUCGUGACUCUUUAUUUUGACAAUCACUUCUUCUCCUUGUGCACAAAGAAAAGGACGUUACAUUUGAAAUGAAACACCUCUGUUGGAAAACACGCACACUAGCAUUAUUGCCUCAUAACAAUAAAGAAAUAAAUCAAACGGAUUAGCCGUGUUUCAGUGGAGGCAGGUAAAUGCAUGUGUCUUUGGGAGAUGUGUGCAUUGUUGUAAAUAGAAUGCUAUUUAUUGGAGAAGGUAUAAAACUCUAUUUAUGUUUUAUCUUUUCAUCCCAUCAACAAACUCAUUAAUCAUUUGGAAAGCUGACACAACAUGUAUAAAUAUAUAUUUAUUUUCUUUUCAUUCAUUGUAUGCUAGCGUUCGCUGGCACUUUCCCCCCAUAUUUAUAGCCUCCCGUUGCCCACAAAUAGACGAGAGUUUGAAUGAAAAGAAUUUUAAUAUGUUUGGAACAAUAAAACCCACCCACAAUAUUUUUAUUUGAGAAUUUGGUCCAAAGUCUCGACCACCUGCUGAUUACUGAAAUGAGCUGCUUCAGAAAAGCACUUGGAACAACCUCAAGCCUUAUAACAUUCCUCCUGCAAGCUGUUGUUUAAUAAGGUUUUUUUUCAUAACCACUGCAAAUUUGUUCACAUGCUGCUUUGAUUUGAUUCAUUUUCUUCGUUGUAUAAGCUUACCUGACAAAAACCAAUGGCACAAGCACCAUGUGACUUGGAAAACUCCACUUUUCCGAGAAUGCUCUGGAUUUGGGGCCACUUCAACGUACCUGCUGGAGUCCUGAGAAAUGAGCCCGUCUGCUGUUGAUGCUGGUAAACCUGCUUAGGUCCACGCAAACCUGAUCCAGUUAAACCUUCAGGUGGACAAACGCUUUAGUUUGUGUAGUGUAUUAUGAAAUAUUUUCAUUAUUCCUCUGUAAAUAGCAACCCUUUGUGUACCAACCAGUGUAUGUACUGUGAAAUCUGGAUGAGAAAUGCGUUAACAUAUUUUUUUGUAUUUUUUAUACUGCUAUUUCAAAUCAACAUAAAGCUUGUGAUUUGUCAAAA